ACAUUUGAUAUUAUUUUGAACUCACAAAUUUUUAGGUUAUUCUUGGAAAUUAUUUUUAUUUGUGAUUUUCUCAAUUGUUAUAAAAAAAAGCAAUGCCGCUGCCCCCAGCUAGUGGAACGGGCAAAUACUACGCCUUAGCCGCAAAAUCCAUUCGUUUAAUCCGCCAAGGAUGUACAAAUAGGCCAUUCUUUCACAUUUCAGUUACUCAGCGCAAACGUCUCAACAGCCAGCCAGUUAUAGAACAGUUGGGUACAUAUGACCCCAUGCCCAACAUCCACAAUGAAAAACUUGUUGCACUCAAUUUAGAAAGAAUAAAGUAUUGGUUAGGGCAAGGGGCACAUGUCACACCUCCCGUUGCCGAGUUAUUAGGUUUAGCAGGAUUCUUUCCAAUCCAUCCACGAACAUAUAUGACUGCUUGGAGAAAUAGGAAAGCAGAAAAAGAAAGAAUAAUAAAAGAAGCAGAAGAAGCUGCUAAAAGUUCAUAGAUUUAAGACAUGUAGUUUUUAUAAUAGUUAAUAAAAUUGUAGAUAAUGUUA